GUUUCUUUUCUUUCCUCGCUUCCCCCCCACCUUUCGUUCAAAAAGAGACAGAACCUUCUAUGUAUUCUCGUCUGGGAUGUGUGCUGUGGUUAUCUGCCAGGAAUGAAACAUGAGCUCUAGGACUUUGACGGGACUCAGGACUGCAAAGUCCUCGCGACUCAAGCAAAACAAUGCUUCGCUAAACACAAGCCAGCCAGCCUGGUGUCCCUCGUCACGACGGAAUGUCUCAUCUACCCCUGAUCGCCGAGUGCAGCAGAGCGCCGAAUUCUCGUCCAGCAGUCGGAGCUAUGAGCGACUGGGCCGUCGCGCCAAGGAGAAGUUGCUGGAUCGGGAAUUCUUUUUCACGCUCUUGAAUUCCGCGUCCACGAAGCGAGAAGCAAAGUCCUAUCUAGCUCGUCUCAAGGCCCAGCAGAAAUCGAACGCAAAUCAGGCAGCGCAAAAGCCCCUCGUGACGGAAGAAGUCAAGAUUCCUUCUACGGCGAUACCCUCACCAUCCGGCGUCAAUCUGGGCUCGUUCUACGGCGCCUCCAGGUCGGUCUACGAGACCCCGGUGUUUAUGCACGAUACCACCCCUACUCGCCCACCACAGACCAUUACCGAGCGCCUUCAUCUGGCGUUGAUCAAGAUCACCACCCCGCAACUGCUGGAUGAUUAUACCAUCAAUGGCGUGGCGAAAACACUGUCCCAGCUAAAUCGCCUGGGCAUGGCUUGUUGUGUGGUGGUUGACCCAGGCACGGGCGAGGACCUUAAUGCGCUGCGGAAGACCGCUGGGGAGCAGGCGGACCGGCUGUCGCUCGCGGUCAACGCGCAGCCGGAUUCGAAAUCUGCCCACAUUGACUCGGUGCUGUCUAUCUCAACGACGAAGCCGCCAACCUUAAGAGUCGCCUCGCGCAAAGCGCUGCUGGGCCCGUUGCGGGACGGUCAGAUCGUGGUUGUGGCUCCCGUCGCGUACACGGAGGAUGUUCCCCGAGCUGUCACUGUCACGGGCAAGGAUGCCAUUCUUGCGCUGACGAAGGAGCUCGCAGGGCUGGCGACAGCGCCUGAUCCGGACGAGGACCCCAUACUCACCGCACAGCGGAUCAGGGACCUGCAGGCGGAAGUUUCUCUGGAUCGGGUGAUCCUUCUUGAUCCUCUGGGGGGUAUUCCUGCUCUCAGUGGGCCCCAGUCGUCCCAUGUCUUCAUCAACAUGGAGCAAGAGUUUGGUGACAUCCAACAAGAAUUGCGUCAGGCCCAACAAUCCGCAUUAUCGGCAGAGAAAACCCCUUCUCCCGAACCAUCCUUACCCCUUACGAUUCCAGUUUUGGAAGCGAGUGCUAUAGAUGGCCAUCUUGAGAACUUGCGACUAAGCCAGGCUGCGCUCGCGUUGCUGCCAUCCGCUUCUUCUGGAAUUAUUACCUCUCCUCUCGAAGUCGCAAAUUCAGCCCAAGCCUCCCAUAGUCUUGCCCCGGACCUCUCUGCGGUGGGAACCCGACGGCAGCGGAAUCCUUUGAUCCACAACUUACUCACCGACAAACCCUUACUUUCCUCCUCUCUGCCUCUGAGCCGGCGCGCAGCCUUGAACGGCCGGCCGACCUCUCUUACUGCCCCCGUACUGCAUACCACCUUCGUCAAGCGAGGCAUGCCGCUGACUCUGAUCCCGAAUCCGCGCGUCCAGGUAUGGACCGCACAAAACCGGCCACGACUAGGGCUGGAUGACCCGUGCAUCGACCUUCCGCGGCUGGUGCAUCUGAUCGAAGACUCCUUCAACCGCAAGCUCGACGUACAGGACUAUCUCAACCGUGUCAAUGGCCGUUUGGCUGGGCUCAUCAUUGCCGGGGAAUAUGAAGGCGGAGCUAUCUUGACAUGGGAGUUACCGCCAGGGGUGGAGGAUGACGGCAGCGAGGCGAGUCAGGCGCGCAUGGUUCCCUACCUGGACAAGUUUGCCGUCCUAAAACGGAGUCAAGGUGCGGGAGGUGUUGCGGAUAUUGUGUUCAAUGCGAUGGUGCGGUCCUGUUUCCCCAACGGCGUGUGCUGGCGCAGCCGCAAGGACAACCCGGUGAACAAGUGGUACUUCGAGCGCUCGCAGGGAACCUGGAAAUUGAAUGAUACCAACUGGACGAUGUUCUGGACCACGCCUGGAUUGACAGAAGAUACACAGCGAUUCCAGGAUUACGAGGGCGUGUGUCGCGGUAUCCAGCCGAGUUGGGCGGACGACAUUGGGGUGGUUGACUGAUUGCCAACUGCCUAUUUCAUUUGCCCUGUGUGUAUAGACCUACUAGAUGC